AUGAAUAAAUCAAAUAUAUUAUUAUUAUUAUUUAUUACUCUUGUAUCAUCAUUGUUAAUAGUUGGUGUUCAAUCCGAAGAUUUUGAUCCAACCAAAUGGGCUAGAUUCGAUGUAUAUUGCAAAUCUGAAUGUGGUGAAAGUGAACACAGAACCAUUACACUCAGCGUUGGUUCCUGUCAAUCAUUUGCUGACCAUUGUGGGGACAAACCAUCUAUUCAAGUAAUGACAACUUAUAAUCCAACUACUGAAGAAUACACUUUUACUGGUUCACCAGCAAGUGAUGCUCAAUGCUCCACCAUUGUCCAACAAGCCCAAAAUGUUUCAAUGUAUCAAUGUUUCACACUUUUAGAUUAUUUCGAAGGUCACCACGAACUCACCUCAUCCUCAAUUUCAAUUCAUCAAACCACUGCUGUAUUUUUAAUUUUAAUUUCAAUUUUAAUUUCAUUAAUUAUUUAA